UACAAUAUAAACUAAAAAUUCAGCAAGUAAUCUGAAAUACUGAUGCAGAUUGAGCGCGAAGCUUCGAUGUAAUCAGUUGGUUAUUUAAAUGUUUACUUAACAGUGUUAUUACGUAUGCUGUUCCCUAGUGAGCUUAUUAAAGAACUUUAUGCCAACGUUGAUUGAGUGUCGAUAAAUACGGAUACCCGGUGAAAUAGCUAGUACCUAUAUUUUAGAGUAUUCUACGAUAACUGCUGCCCGCAGUGUGUCAACAUGUUAAAAAGCCGACAAACCGUACGAUGCGAGUACUGCGGUGUCAACGUACUCCCGACUGACAGGGACCGGCACGUCAAGAGCUUGUCACAUGAAAUCGGCUUAAUAAAGCAUUACCUGUCUUCCAAACGGGCAGAACUUACUCGUGAAAAAGAAGGCCUUAGUACGUGGCUUGAUGGUCAAAAAACGGGUGACGUAAUAUUCAUAGAAAGUGAACCUGGCGAGCCUACUACAGUCGACUUGGAGGUUUGCAGUAAGGACUACGACAUUCAAUUGAAUAAGGCAUUCAUUUUGGAGGCGUCGGAAAUCCUACAAGUGAAGAUAAAGGAUUCCGCAAAGAUCCCUAAAGGCGGUUCAUGCUUUGUGACACUCGUUGCAUACUCAGUGGAUGUAGCGUCGAAAACUGUAACGCUGGCUCUAAUCCUCGGUCGCGAAGGUAAUCCCGUGGUAAGAUUAGUACGGCACAUUCGAGUUCGUUGCGGAAAUGAACGCGUUCGUAACAUCGAAAGCAAUAAUACACCUUUCACAGAAACAAAACCAGUACUUCUACCAACAGCCACUAAAAUUAUAAAAAUGACCAGAGCAACUUUUAGUCAGAAGAUACCUGCCCAAGCACUACCGAGACGGCGAGAUGCAGGAUUUGUUAAUGAAGACGAGGAAUACGAUGAUCAAAUUCCUUUAACUACAAUACGUAGAGUGCCUUUGGAUCUGUAUUUUGCCGAUAAUUACCUUCGUCAGCUUCACUUAGCACAGAUGCAGGUCGACGACAAAAGCGAUCCAAACCUCGUGGAGUAUUAUAAAAUGAUCAGCGACUAUCUGAGAACCGGUAUCGUAGCCGAAAAGCCUGAGAACUAUAAUAGAUACAUGCGGAUACUCUUGCAUUGUGAGGAUAUUCAGCAAGAGGCCGAUAUCCGACUUUACGAUAAACACGAUGCACAACUCAAAUAUUCCAUCGAUACAGAAAGGUUCGAGCUGGAAGUCGAGGGCUUGCAGGAAGGCCGUCCAUCGCUUCUGCCUUUGGAUUAUAUAUAUAUUCGGUUUCUUAAUAAUCCUGAUGUUAAUAAGACGAUAGAAUAUGAGGGUUUAAUUUAUCGUAUCAAAUCAAGGUCAGUCGAGAUCAACAUGACACCUCAGUUUCUUGAUGCUUAUCACAGCCUUACUGCUGAUGAGGAUGAUCCUAACACUCUCAAUUUAGAAAAGGCGGAAGAACUGCGAUUUGGUAUACGUUUUUCCGUGAACCGAAAGAAUCUGCGUUUAAUGCAUCGCGCAUUGAGUCAGGUUGAGCAGCGUCUAAAGAAUAUAAAUGAUUCCAUUGAAUCUAUAAUUAUUCCUCAAAAAACGUGGCCGGCGGACCUGGCUAUUAAAGACCCCUCAGUGGAUAUAGAACUAAUAAACAAUAACAUCGCCAGUAACUGCGAACAGUUUACUGCAGUACAAAACAUAGUGCGCGGCUUAAGUCGCCCGCUACCGUACAUCGUGUUUGGGCCUCCCGGUACAGGAAAGACAACUACAAUCACAGAAGCCAUCUUGCAGGUGUAUAAGAUAAUUCCAGAAAGUCGAAUCCUUAUCACUGCACCAUCUAAUUCGGCUGUCAACGUGAUCACGGAAAAAGUUAUAUGUGGUGGCAUCAUUCCAGAGCACGAUAUCUUUCGAUGCUACAGUAUGAAUUGCAAUAAAAAUAAGGUGUCCGCGGAUCUGGAAAAGAUUUCGAACUACAACGCAAAGGAAGACACCUGCUAUGAGUUCGACGUGGAAACGCUUCUCAUGUUUCGCAUUAUCGCUUGCACGCUAUCUAUGUGCGGAAACUUGGUGACACAGGGAUUUAAACCAGAUCACUUCACGCACAUAUUUAUUGACGAAGCAGGCCACGCCAUGGAACCAGAGGCACUCAUACCAGUCGCGGGACUGUUUAAGAUCUAUAAACCAGGUCAAUGUGGCCCUGCCGGAUGCCUUGUGUUGUCAGGAGAUCACAUGCAGUUGGGGCCCAUCAUUCGGUCACCAAUUGCCAGAAUGUAUGCAUUCGGGCGAUCGUUGCUCGAAAGGCUAAUGGACACUUCUCCGUACAGGCGUCAGAAGAAUAACGCCUUCAAUCCGAUAUUCCUGACAAAACUCGUGAAAAAUUUUCGUUCACACGAAAUUCUUCUUCAUCUUCCCAAUAAGCUGUUCUAUGAUGACGAGUUGAAAGCUCACGGGGAUCGCAGUUUUACGCAUGCAAUGAUCAACUAUAAGGAACUGCCAGAACUUGGUGUGCCUCUCAUUUUUCACGGAGUGUCCGGCACUGAACUUCGCGAAGGGGAUAACCCAUCGUUUUACAACCCGGAGGAGAUCUCUGUGAUCGAAAACUACGUCACUCAACUUUUGACAGAGGGGAAAACUUACGACGGCGACGGCAUCAGAGAAGAGGAUAUCGGCAUCAUAUCCCCGUAUAGGAGACAGGUUCUGAAAAUUCGUGGGGUUCUCGCUGAACGCGGCUACACCAAAGUGACAAUUGGUUCAACUGAAGAAUUCCAGGGCCAAGAACGGUUGAUAAUGCUACUGUCAACCGUCCGAUCGGAUGCUGCUCAAGCAUUUGAUUCAUUAAAGGGCCAAACGCUAGGUUUUCUCAGAAAUGAAAAGAGAUUCAACGUAGCGACGACCCGCGCAAAGGCCUUGCUCAUCAUUGUGGGCGACCCUAACGUGUUGAAGAAAGAUUACUGCUGGCGAAACCUUCUUUAUUACUGUCGUGACUUGAAUGCUUGCCGCGGCGUAGCCUGGAAUACCACAAAGAGACUAUACGAGGAUCUAUAUCAAAAGAUCGAAGCCCUGAACCUCGCACUAGGACUGGAAGAGUUUAAGGGACGGUCGUUUGCUUGUAAUGGUCAAGUGGCCAUCACAGAUAUGACUCUUCAAGAGGAGCCCCAUUGGACCAAUGAGGACUAAUUUUUUUUUGCAUAAUGGUUCGCUUUCUUGUGUAAUAAAUGCAUUUGUUUAUGUGUAGAACUAC